CUUCAACAAGCUUCUGCCUUCUGGACUCUUGAGAAUUAUUUAUCAAAGUUUUAGAUACAUGGCUUUUGGAAAGCCCGUCAUCUUAUUUCUUCCCCUUUGCUUCCUGCAAAGUGUGUUGGCAGCCACUAGAGGGGAGGAGACUGCUGGUCCUUUCAAUUACUACACCAUUGAGAUAGACGAGGGAGAGGACGUAGCCAGAGACGUGGCUAAAAGGAAUGGUUUAGAGUACGUCCUACCGGUUGGAAAUCUAAAAGGGUUCCACAUCGUGAAGCCUACAAGCAAACAAUUUGGGAAAAGAAUCAGAAAACGGAGUGAAGAGCAACUGUUGCAACAGCUUUCCCAGGAUCCCCAGGUCAAGUGGGCUGAACAACAAGAUAUCCAUGAAGUGGAAAAAAGGGACAAAGCUCUUUUGCCUGAUCUUCCAUUCCUUUCCAAAGAGUAUAGCAUCAGCUCAUUCUUUGAAACACUAGAUCGAGAAAAGCAUGAUACUAUUCCCACAGCAAUCUUCAAUGUGUUGAACUCAGAACAUAAAGAUCAAAAUGCACUGCAGUUCAGUGAUCCAAUGUGGCCUGCACAAUGGGAACUGUUUAACACUGGCCAGACAAAUGGGCCAAAGGGAUUUGACAUCAAUGUGAUGCCAGCAUGGAAGAAAAAUAUAACUGGCUCUGGGGUUGUCGUGACAAUCAUAGACGAUGGUAUUGACCAUGAACAUACAGAUUUAAAGAGAAACUAUGAUCCUCAUGCUAGCUUUGAUUUCAAUGACCAUUUUGAUGAUCAGCAUGAUCCAGUACCUGAAGAUAUUGAUGGAUCUAAUGGUCAUGGAACAAAGUGUGCUGGCGAGGUGGCAAUGGAGGCUGACAACAACUUCUGUGGGGUUGGCAUUGCACAUAAUGCAAAGAUUGGAGGCAUCCGCAUCUUGGAUGGGAGAGUAACUGAUGCCUUAGAAGCAGCAUCUCUCACCUACAAUAACAACUAUAUAGAUAUCUACAGCUGCUGUUGGGGUCCUAAAGACAAUGGGCAGAACUUUGAUGGCCCUAGACUACUGACAACCAAAGCACUACAAGAAGGUGCAGAGAAGGGUCGUGGUGGGAAAGGAAGUAUUUUCAUCUGGGCCUCAGGAAACGGUGGCCUUUUUAAGGAUCACUGUGGUGCUGAUGGGUAUGUGAACAGUAUUUUUACAGUGGCAGUUGGAGCUGUCAGUAACUUAGGUCUCAGCACCUUCUACUCAGAGGCCUGUCCAGCCAUUAUGGCAGUAAUCCCUACAGGAGGAACAAGUGACUCACCUUAUGAAGCAAAUAUGGCGGGUGAACUAGCCUUGGUAACAACUGAACUUGACAAUGAAUGCACCAAAACCUUCAAAGGCACUUCAAGCGCAGCUCCAAUGGCAGCUGGUAUAAUUGCAUUGGUCCUUCAGGCUAAACCUAACCUUACAUGGCGAGAUGUGCAGCACCUGACCGUUCGAACCUGUAAAAUUUCUGACCCUUUGAACAAAGAUUGGAAGAUUAAUGGAGCAGGUUAUCACAUUCACCACAAAUAUGGAUUUGGUUUGCUUGAUGCUGGACGUAUAUUGAAGGCAGCCCUUGAGUGGAAAAGCAUGGGUCCUCAGAGAAAGUGUGUGGUUAAUUAUAAUCGCCAACUAAAAAAAGCUAUCCCCGUGAAAGGUUCUCUGACACUGAAUCUAACAACAAAUGCGUGCAUGGGUACAAGGAAUGCAAUUGACACACUCGAGCAUGUACAGGUGACUGUCACCCUAUCAAGCAUCUGUCGUGGUGAUCUUGAAAUUUCUGUCAUGUCUCCGUUUGGUACCAAAUCAAAGCUUCUUGCAGUCCGUUCCAACGAUAAUAGCCAAGCAGGACUAAAAAACUGGACAUUCAUGAGUGUCCAUUUUUGGGGGGAGAAACCUGACGGAGUAUGGAUUCUUACAAUUACAGAUGAAGCCAAUUCUGUCGCAACUUGUGAGAGAAAUAAGGAUGAAACAACAUCAGGAUACAUCACUAAGUUUCAACUGACACUCUGGGGAACCUACAAGAUUGAGCUCCCCAAAAGGGAAGAAAUUAUGAAACUUGACAGCAUUCAACAAGGUAAAAACAAUCACAAGCUGCAAAACAUCAGAAAACUUGUGGAGCGAAAUAGAAUAGAUACGCGAUUGCUUGAAGCUUUCUUUCAUGAAAAUACCAAAAAAGUGCAAGCAGGUGAUAUUCCUUUUAACUGGUCGGAAUCAGAGUUUUCUACACCUGUAAAAAAUGCAAGUAUUCCAAGCUCUAACUUGGGUCAAGUUCUGCUGAAGCUUUGGUACUCCAUGAAAAACAAAGUUAAAAGCAAAAUUCAUUAUGUAAGAUCAUUGCUAGCUGAUACAAAUGAACAGGAUGUUGAUGAAGCUCAGAAUGAAUUUCAAAGAAGCAAUGUACUAUCUUCUCAAUCUGCAGAAGAGUAGAAUGGGGAUCCAGCUUCUUCACUGAUAGCUUCAUUGAACAGUCGCAAAUAAUAUCCAAAAAGUCAAAGAUGAUGGAAAAUAUGGAGAACACCUUUAAGAAAAUAAUUAAAAACAAGAACAUUUUCAAUGACACAGCUCCACCAAAAAUAAGUAAAAUGAUAUUUAACAUACAAGGGGUAAAUAUUUGUCUCAGGUAGUAGCACUAAACACACGUUAUUGUACCACUUGAUAUUCCAUUCUAUUGUAGCUAAUGUACCUGAAUGCUAGAAGGAAAGUAUAACUGGAAAGGUGGGGUUUCAGGUCGGGGAGACAGUGGUUCAGGCCAUAACAUCUGUUUCAUUGUACCUCUUGAAACAAAUUUCUACCCCCAAAGUCUUUGUAAAAUGAGAUAUGCAAAAAAUGAAAACAUUUCAUCCACAAACCACAAUAUUGGUUAAAGAUACUUUUAUGAAACAAACAAUCAUAAAUUUAGUUCCAAUGUAUGUUGGGGAUGACUUGACUAAUUAUGCCUAUGAUUGAAGAAUCAGUAUUUCUUUCUCUCUUUCAAACAUUCAGUGCUGUCUUUCUAGACAGGGUAAGAAGGUGAACAAUUUUGGUAAGACUUCAGAAUGGAAACUAAUGUUAUCUAACAUUAAAACAUAUAACUUGCAAAUUUUACUGGAAUCCCUGUUUGUAGUUCUUGCAAGGCAUCAGUGAAACACACAAGAGAAACUGCAUAAAUAAACAUUUUUAGCAGAUUAUUCUGUCUCACCAAAUAUUCCAACUUCCCUUGCUGGUGAACCCCAGGUAAUUUUAAGCACAUGCAUCCAAGGUGGUACUGAUAGAAUUCUGUCAUCAGUUUUUUUUUAAAUUAUAGCGUGAUUUGCAUACUGGGGUUUUCAAUUGGUACUUUAUUUGAAUUCUUCAAUCUGGAAAUAUUGAAAGGGCUGAUUUAAGCUUACAGUUCAUUUUCAUCCUGUACACAUACAUAGUCCAAUUUAUUUUCAAGUUGAAUAUUCUGUUUUCAGCAACAGAUGUUUCUGGUGAUAAUAUACUGUUACACCCCUGUGGAAUGAAAUGUGCUGUGUUUUCUGCUCUUGGCAAUAGGAACAAUUACCUCAGCUGACUACACCUAGUAAAAGUGAUCUUUCCUCUAACUGUCACAUACAGACAGAAGGCCCUAUCUUAACUGAGCCUCUGGACAGGGCCAUUCAUUUCGUUCACAUUUCUAGAGAUGUUCAUCUCACAGCUUUAAAGAGAAGGUAAUGUGCCACCUUCAGCUUCACUGAAAAAAUACAGGUAAUAAAUGUUGUCUAUAAAGAGUCCUUGAGAAAUAAAUUAAAGAAGAAACUUGGAUGAAAUUCAAUAAAUUCAUCUCGCCAAAAUUUGAACAACAGUGCUGGAUUUAUCUUAGUACAAGAACGAGCUGGAAAUACUUUCUCAGGAAUGUCCAGCACUACCCACCUUAACCAGAAAUUGAACAACACUGUUAACUGUUUAAAGCCUAAUUGGAAAAUUAAUUGUUCAGUUUAUAAAUUUUCACUAUCUUCUGUUCAGGGACUUCCCAAGAUUUUGCGUUACUGCUGGCACAAUUGGGUUUCAGUACUUCCUCAGAGAUUUAACUGCCAGAACAAUCUGAGUGAGCAGGAUUUAGCAUGGGUGGGAAACGGAGUGAUAUCGAGACUGAUGUUGCAUAGAUAGGUGUCAGUCAAUAAUUGUGCCCACCUCUUGCAGCUACUGUGACAUACUGCCUUAGGCAGAAGUGGAGUCCACAAAAGAAAGCACCAUUUAACUCUCUAGUCGGUAAAGAAAAUAGCACUUAUAAAAAGUUUGUGGUUUGUGAAUGAAAUGUUAAGAAUCAUAUCAAGAAGCGACAUUAAAGUUUUGGCAAAAAAAAACUUUUUUUUCCUGUUUUAGUCUUUAUUGUCACACAGACCUUAAAUCUUCACUUUUAAUGAGUACAGAAAAUGGCAGCUACAUGUAUGCUGAAUACAGAAGACUUCAAAUAAAUGUAAGUCCUAAAAUAUGAAACUAGAUAAUUUAUAAAGACAUCUUCAGUUAUGAUUCAGUAUGCAGGUAGUGUCAAAUUAAGGUUUCUUCAUAAUACAAUAAUCUAUAAUUUAACAUUACUGGUGGAAAAUUUAACUGUCUUGUUAUUAAUAAUAUGGAGAGCCAACUUCCACUCUGAUUUAUAGAAUAAUGCUGAAAUUGCUUAGCAAAAGUUGGGAAUCACAUUAGUUACUUCCUCUAAUUCAUCAUUAAGAAACAUUUAUGUGACUUUUUCUCAUGAACAUAAUCCCCACUCAUUUUUA